AUGUAUGAUGUGCAUUAUACACAGAUUAAGUUAAGAAAAUACAAUGAUUUUUUGCUGGCUCGUUAUGCAAACUCCAAUCGCGGUGUAUUUCACCCAUCAUUAUCUCAAGAUGCUCGAUCCUGUUCGCCUGCCUAUUACUAUGAACAGACUUCCAGAACUUUAUUGAAUCGUGAUAAAAAAACUACUUCUGAAAGCGACAUUGAAAAAUAUGCCCAGGAUAACUUAAAUAUACAUAAGAAAGGAAUUUUCCGAAAAAAAUUUUCAGUGAGAGACAUGCUUUCAUGGUCUAAGGAUCCAAUUCGUAAACCUAUGUUAGUGUUGUCUGACAAAGCAUUGAAAAAAGAAGCUUGUGAUUUAUUUAAAUUGGUUCAAACCUAUAUGAGUGAUCGCAAAGCAAAAUUAGGAAUGACAUUAAAUAGUGUGGCUUUAGAAAUAUGUAUGACUGGUUUUAUGAAACCAACCCUCCGAGAUGAAUUAUACAUACAAAUAUGUAGACAAACCACAGAAAAUCCUAGAAAAGAAAGCUUACGACGUGGAUGGGAACUUUUGGCAAUUUGUUUAUCUUUUUUCCCACCUUCUCCUAAAUUACAAAAAUACUUAGAAAGUUACAUGGAAAGACAUAGAGAUCCAGGUCUAGACAGUUAUGCAACUGAAGUUGGUCGGUGGCCUGUCCAUGUCCAAGUAAGCCACUAUGCCAGUGUGGCCACUAAAAGAUUACACAGAAUGGGUAUAGACGGUAAAAAAGCUGUUCGAAGACCAACACUGGAAGAUAUUGAACAAGCUAGAAUGCAAAUAUUCAGGCCUAGUCUUUUUGGAAAUACAAUCAAUGAAGUUAUUGAUCUUCAAAAAGAACGCUUCCCUAACUAUAAAUUACCUUGGAUACAAACCAUAUUAUCUGAAUUAGUACUGAGGCACAGAGGCGAUCAGACAGAGGGAAUAUUUAGAGUACCAGCUGACAUGGAUGAAGUUAUGACCCUUAAAAGUCGUUUAGAUGUAUGGGAAGUUCCUGGAUCUGAAGAGUUGACUGAUGCCCAUACACCAGCAUCUUUAUUAAAACUAUGGUAUCGUGAAUUAUACGAGCCUCUUGUUCCUGAUCAUAUGUAUGCUGAAUGUAUUGCAGCUCAUCAAGAUGCUCGACGCGCCAUUGCUAUUAUUCAUAGAUUACCACCUAUAAAUAAAGCUGUUUUGGCAUAUCUUAUUCACUUCCUACAAUUGUUUACCAAACCUGAAGUUGUUCAUGUUACCAAAAUGGAUGCUAGUAACCUGGCUAUGGUUAUGGCUCCGAAUUGUUUACGUUGUACUUCAAUUGAUCCUCGUGUUAUAUUUGACAAUGCUCGUAAAGAGAUGGCUUUUAUGCGUUUGUUAAUAUUACAUUUUGAUGCAUCCUUUAUGGAAGGAGUAUUUUAA